AGUGAGUACCUGGAACUGGGUAGCCAUGAUGGAUAUGUAAGUGCUGCUGUGAUUCAAACCCCUCAUUUACCCGGUUACACACUUUACCUUCUUCUUUCUUCUUCUUCUUCUUCUUCUUCUUCUUCUUCUUCUUCUUCUUCUUCUUCUUCUUCUUCUUCCUCCUCCUCCUCCUCCUCCUCCUCUUCCUCCUCCUCCUCUUCUUCUUCUUCCUCUUCCUCUUCCUCCUCCUCUUCUUCUUCUUCCUCUUCCUCCUCCUCCUCCUCCUCCUCCUCCUCCUCCUCUUCUUCUUCUUCUUCUUCUUCUUCUUCUUCUUCUUCUUCUUCUUCUUCUUCUUCUUCUUCUAGAUUUAUCUAUUUAUUAUAUGUAAGUACACUGUAGCUGUCUUCAGACACGUUUUCUUCUCCACUCCCACUCUCUCGCUGUCUUCAGACACCCCAGAAGAGGGCAUCAGAUCUCAUUACCAAUGGCUGUGAGCCAUCAUGUGGUUUCUGGGAUUUGAGCUCAGGACCUUCAGAAGAGCAGUCAGUGCUCUUAACUUCAGUCCUCUUUGUUUCUUUCUGGACUUAAUCAUGUUUAUCAAUGUGUUGCCCACUGGAUGUAGGUGUACCAAUGGGUAUGCAGUGCCAGGGAGGACAGAAGGUGGAGUCAUAUCCCCUGGAACGGGCAGACUGUUGAGCCACUCGCUAUGUGGGUACUGGGAAUUGUGCCCAGUACUCUGGGAGAGCAGCACAUCUGGAGCUUAACAUCUGGACCAGGUCUCCAGCUCCAUGCCUUGCUUCUCGUGCUCCCUGCCCUGCUCCUCUGCCCUCCAAGCCUCUUUGCAAUGCUUUUUGAGAGAUGGGUUUGUGAGCCCCUCCAGAGCAGCCAUAGAGUCCAUUUCCGGUGGCUCCUGGCUGUGCCUGGCGCGGAUCCAAUCUGCCUUGACCCUGAUCUUGCGUUCCCAAUCCCAGGGAGCAUUCUUCCCUCUGAAGGAGGACAACUGGAGCCUCCCCAACAGGGCGGUGGAGCCUCAGCUGGAGGACGACGAGAGGAUGGUGUACGUGGCCUUUUCCGAGUUCUUCUUUGACUCUGCCAUGGAGAGCUACUUCCAGGCUGGAGCGCUGCAGCUGACACUUGUUGGGGACAAGGUGCCGAGUGACCUGGACAUGCUUCUGAGGGCCACCUACUUUGGGAGCAUUGUUCUCCUGAGUCCGACAGUGAUUAACUCCCCACUGAAGCUGAAGCUAGAGGCCACGAGCCCUCCACGUUGUACCAUCAAGCCGUCAGGCACCACCAUCUCCAUCACCGCCAGCGUCACCAUCACCUUGGCCCCGCCCAUGUUGCCCGAAGUGGAGCUGUCCAAGAUGAUCAUGGAAGGCCGUCUCAGUGCUAAGUUGACACUCCGGGGCAAGGCGCUGCGAGUGAAGCUGGACCUUCGAAGGUUUCAAAUCUACUCAAAUCAGUCUGCGCUGGAGUCUCUGGCGCUGAUCCCACUGCAGGCCCCACUGAAGACACUGCUGCAAAUCGGAGUGAUGCCUUUGCUGAACGAGCGUACCUGGCGUGGGGUGCAGAUCCCCCUUCCUGAGGGUAUCAACUUCGUGCGUGAGGUGGUGACCAACCACGCGGGCUUCGUCACUGUUGGGGCUGACCUCCACUUUGCCAAAGGGCUUCGAGAAGUGAUUGACAAGAACCGUCCUGCAGACGUUGCGGCCUCCCAUGUCCCCCCACCCUCUGCUGCAGCUGCCUGAGCCCAUCACCCCACCUGGGUGGCUGGCAUUCAGGAACCUAACUGAAGUCUUCUCUGCACCCCCUGCCAACCCCUUCCCAUCUACAGUGUUAGUGGUCCCGGUGCCACAGAGAAGAGCCCAGUUGGAAGCUAUACCCGAUUUAAUUCCAGAAUUAGUCAACCAUCAAUUAGAAUCCAUCCACCCCC